AUGAGCCGCCUGCAAAAGCGGGCCUCUCUCCUCCGGCGGCGAGGUCUCUUCCGGGCUGCUACGGGCAUCGAUGUGUCUUGGGGCCUAGGCCGAGUGUUCUCGACGGCGACUGAUCAGGCUGAGGACCAGAUGCGCUUUCAUUGCACCGCGAAGGUGAACUAUGUCGACAUCUUUGUCAGCCAUUCCUGGUCAGCCAACGGCUGGUUAAAAUACUUGGCCGUGUGUUGCUUUUUGAACCUCGGUAUAGCCAAGAAGGCCACGGCUGCAGCUGCUGUUUUUUCAAGUCUCUUGGUGUUCCUAGUCCCGGAACUGCCGACGUGGCUGGUAUUUUGCAUGAUGCUAGAUGCUCCAGUGCUCGUCUUCCUGGUGUUCUUCUUGUACGGACAGAACUUGACAUGCGGCCUAUGGUGUCCAAGCAUGUGGGUAGACAAGCUCUGCGUGGACCAGGGUGAUGAGAGCAGGAAAGCAGCAGGUCUCGCCGGGUUGCCGACCAUUGUGCAAUGUUCUGGUCGCAUGCUUGUCUUGUGGGAUGACACGUACUUCGAAAGGUUGUGGUGCAACUUCGAAUUGGCUGUCUUCGCGAAGUACCGGGGUCUGAAGAAUUUCCGGUUCCUGCCCGUAUGGCUGCCGCCCUGGAUACUGAUUGGCGUGCUGUUCUCAUACCUACUUUGGCGGCUCAUUGCCACGUUGCAGGAGCUGGACCCGGAGUACGGUAUAGAUGAUACUGCCAAGUACGCGACAGCUCAUGGUGACAAGGUUGCUUUCGGGACGCAGCGAGUGCUAAAGAUAUUGUCGGACCUUGAAACCUAUGCCGUAUUGGAAAUGCCAUUCUUUGCCGCAGCCGUGGCUCUACUUCGCAGCAAGCUGGAUGGUCACCGGUCUUUGCUGGAGAAUAUGAUGAAGUUCGAUAUUCAUCUUGCAAAGUGCUCGGUUGAAGAUGACCGGGACGUGAUCGAGGCCCAGGUAGCCAGACUUUAUGCCAUAGACGAGGAGCCGGUCAUAGCCCUGGACAGCCUUGAUGGGCAAAGAGCAGCUGAGGCUGUGAGCUCCAUUCCCCUCAGUCCCGGUUCCUCUGAGGAGUCGGUCAUAGGCGACAGUUUUCUGGCGGAGCAAGCGGACGGAGAUGAGGAGGGUUAUGCACGCUUCCUGGCAGCGGCGGAUAAGUCACAGAUGUCACAGCUUGGGGUAAGCUCAAUGCACAGCGAAUCCGUGUUCGAGUACCCAGUCAUAACUGUUAACAGCAGCGCUGUUGCUUCACGAGGGGAGGGCUAUACUCGAGAAAUUUCCGAGUUUGCCGCGAGCUCAAUCACCAAUUCAUCAUUUUUGGCACCUGUCGCAGCUGCAGUGAGUGAUGCAGGGUCAGACUAUCCCCUAAUGGGCGUUGACAUGCUUGCAUGGGAAACUGAUAUUGAGGGUAAAGUGUACUUGUCGCAGCCGGAUGAGGGACGGCUUGCGCUACAACGCGACGUCGAUCGAGAAGACUGCCUGCAGGUUUUCAAUGAGCUCGUUCGUGCCCCACUACGUGCAGCGAUCGUUGAAGAACUGGGUCUUGAAACAGACCUGCCUUGGGGCGACUGCCUGAUAGUAUACAUGCCUGCCGUCUUGGCCGCAACCGCAAUCACCUGGGCUGCGAGGGGCCUUUAUGCUGGGCUUGGUUUUUCUUCAGUCAGUCAGUACAUGUUCGUCAACAUGACACAAAUUUCCCUGGCAUUGUUCUGCAAUCCUUUAGCAUAUGCUCUACUUCUGCUAGGAAUGAACUGCAUCACUCAUACAGUGAGUGCUGGACUUUUGCGUGAUUUGAUGUGCCUGGGCUGUGGUGUCCUGGCCAAGAUCUUCGCUUGCGCCCUUUAUGCGGUCAUCUGUGGGACGCUCGAAAGCUAUGUCCUGACGCAGCAUCCAAUAUUUCUGGUAGGCUUCCUGGCGAGCCUAUCCUGUGCGCUAGUGCUGAACUGGAUCUUGUUCUGGGGUGGCCGGCCAGCGGCGCACUCUACAGCUAGCGCAGAGCCGAUCGGCUAG